AUAUAGAAACCAUAUUCCCAACCAGAUCCACUCAAGAGAAUCCACUUGAGCCAUGGCAAAAGUGCUGAUCACGCUGAUCAUGUCGGGGAUUGCGCUCGUCUUGGCGGCUCCCGACUUGGGAUGCGAUCUUGGCCAGCACCGCUGCUCCAUCGACGUCACCGCGGAGGGCAAUAACCGCCAGUUAGUCCGGCACAUACCCUCCGACUUGGACAUCACCCUGAAGUGCUAUCGACCCUCGGUCCAGUGGUACUACCAGGACGAGUACCAGCUGGCGGGUUACACCAUCCAAUUGGAGCGAGCCCAACCGAGGCAGUCGGGGAUAUAUAGCUGCCAGGAUGCCCAGAAACGUUGGUACAACAUAUCGCUUACAGUGGGCCAUCAGGAGACCGAGGCCAUCAACGACAUAGCCAGCUUCCCCAAGGUGGACAGCGCCGAGGCGGAUGUGGAGUUUCAGCUGCUGAACUCCACCCAGAAAUCCCUGGAACUGCAGAAGCCUUUGCCCCCAUCUGUGCAGCGUACUGCCGGCACCCUCCUCCAUCUGGACUGUUCACCCACCGAGCCCGACGAUCUCCGGAUGAACAUCACCUGGCUGCACAACAACCAGAUCCUGGGUGGCCGGGGUCGCAUCAAGAUGAAACGGUGGACCCUGACCGUGGGUCAGCUGCAGCCGGAUGACGCCGGUAGCUAUCGCUGUCGACUGUGUGCGGAGCAGGGAUGCGUACUUAGCACUGAAACCAAACUGGAAGUGGUAACCCGAAGUCACACUGUGCCCGUGCUGCGUCCAGGAUAUCCCCACAAUAUCACAACGGUGAUUGAACAGCAUGUGAAGAUCCCGUGCCUGCUGGAGGACUCCACGCUGGAGCCAAAGAUCACGUGGCUGCACAAGAAGCAUGUCGAUGACAUCGAGGAUGUGCUGCAGCGCCUGAAGGCCAGCCCAUCGCUUCCAAAGGACUUUCAAACGAUGGUGGUUCUGAAGGACGAGCCGCAGGUUCUGUCCCUGGGCUAUGUCUCCAUGGAUGAUGCCGGCUGGUACAUCUGCAUAGCGGAGAACGCCCUGGGACGCACAGCGGGUGCCGCCUAUCUGGAGCUGCACGAAUCGGUGGUGGAGACCACCACCACGACACGAGUGCCGGCAACCAGCAGGGGUAGCACCACAACGGCCACUCCCUCAAUAGUGGGCGCCGAUCAGGAUGCCUACGAGGAAGAGCCUGGAGACGGAUCUCGCAAUGAGGGCCCACCAGUUUUCCGAAAGGAGCUACAGCGUCUGGAGCACAAGGUGGCCGGGAAGACCAUUACGUUGGCCUGUCCCGUUGAUCGGCCGGCCAACAUCACUUGGACCAAGAACAAGAAGCCUCUUUUCCGCUCCACCGGGGUCUAUGUGGAAAAGAAGUGGAUCCUUCGCUUCGAGGACGCCACCACCGAAGACUCUGGGAGCUAUACCUGCCGCGUGUGCAACGCCUUCGGCUGCAUCCACUUUGAUUUCAGCGUGAAGAUCUUCGAGCGCACCCGCUCCUCGCCCAUUAUAGUGGUGCCGCUCAACCAGACCGCUCAGGUGAACAGCAGCGUGGUGAUGGAGUGCUCCGUCCUGUCCGACCUGCAACCCAACGUCCAUUGGAUGCGGGUGAAGCCCCGCAACAGGUCGCAGGAACUCGGCGACCUGCAAGUCAUGGCACUGAACACCACCGAGGCCACCAAUCCCCUGCUGCUGAAGCUGCACAAUGUGACCCAUGACGACGAGGGCUGGUACACGUGUGUGGCCUCCAACUCCCUGGGACAUUCGAACUCCAGUGUCUAUUUGCGGGUGGUGGACCAUCUGCCCCAUUUGGAAGUGUACGCCCUGCUUAGGGCCCAUCCUCUGGGCUUCACGGUGGCGGCCAUCUCGAUUGUGGUUCUGUUUCUGUCGGGGAGCGCCUUUACGGUUUACAUGCUGCGUCGCCUUCGCCGGGAGAAGCUACUGAAGCACCGCAUCGAAACCGUCCACCAGUGGACCAAGAAGGUCAUCAUCUACCGGCCGACCAGCGAGGACCAAGGCAGCGCCUGCUGUGCCGGCGACUUACAAAUACCCGUCAUCCGGAUCGAGAAGCAACGCACCACCUUCUCAACCACGGAAUCGGGCGCUGAUGCCGCCCAGGGCUUCAACGAGUACGAGUUCCCGCUGGACUCCAACUGGGAGAUACCGCGCCAGCAGCUCCGGCUGGGCUCCAUUCUGGGCGAGGGAGCCUUCGGGCGGGUGGUGAUGGCCGAGGCUGAGGGCAUGCCCCGAAGCCCCCAUCCCGCCGAGACUAUUGUGGCCGUCAAGAUGGUCAAGGAGGAGCACACGGACGCGGAUAUGGCCAGUCUGGUGCGAGAAAUGGAGGUGAUGAAGAUGAUCGGCAAGCAUAUCAACAUCAUCAACCUCCUGGGCUGCUGCACCCAAGGCGGCCCGCUCUGGGUCAUAGUGGAGUACGCCCCGCACGGCAAUCUGAAGGACUUCCUCAAGCAAAACCGACCAGGAGCGCCACAGCGCAGGAGCGACAGUGACGGCUACCUGGACGACAAGCCCCUGCUGCCCUUCCAGCAGCUGGGCGAGAAGGAGCUAACCAAGUUCGCCUUCCAGAUCGCCCGCGGCAUGGAGUACCUGGCCUCGCGACGGUGCAUCCAUCGCGAUCUGGCAGCUCGUAAUGUCUUGGUCAGCGAUGGCUACGUGAUGAAAAUCGCAGACUUUGGACUGGCCCGAGACAUCCAGGACACGGAGUACUAUCGAAAGAACACCAACGGCCGGCUGCCCAUCAAGUGGAUGGCUCCGGAAUCGCUGCAGGAGAAGAAGUACGAUUCACAAAGCGAUGUCUGGAGCUAUGGAGUGCUGCUGUGGGAGAUCAUGACCUACGGAGAGCAACCGUAUCCGCACAUCCUGUCCGCCGAGGAGCUCUACAGCUACCUGAUAACGGGCCAGCGAAUGGAGAAGCCGCCCAAGUGCUCGCUCAACAUUUAUGUGGUGAUGCGACAGUGCUGGCACUUCGAGUCCUGCGCCCGACCCACAUUCGCGGAGCUGGUCGAGAGCUUUGAUGGGAUACUGCAGCAGGCCAGUAGCAAUCCGAACGAUGCCUAUCUGGACCUCUCCAUGCCCAUGCUGGAGACACCGCCCUCGUCGGGGGACGAGGACGAGGGCUCCGAUACCGAAACAUUCCGAGAGACUUCUCCCCUUAGAUACCAAUAUACGUAUAAGUUUAAUUAAAUUAUUUUAAUU